AAGCAUCUCCCACACACGCUAGUCUCAUCGCGACAAGUUGUCUAGCAAGUGACAAUUCAGCCUUUCAACAGUCGCUGUGAACCUGACGUUACAUUAACUGUGAAAAUUUAUCCCUUCUUUGAGAUGGCCAUUACUUCUGGGAUGCCAUAUUGCUUUUGGACCUUAAAUGUAAGUUGUUAGAUAGUGCCAGACUGGGCAACAAUACGCUUCACUGGUAAUUGAUCCUUGUUAUUUUUGUUUUAUUCAUUAAUGUAGUGGUGUUCCCAUUUAUGAGGCCUGUACUUCAGUUGGUCACCAGUCUGUUCUUUCAUUCUUCUGCAACUGAAGCAGCAGCAUCUGCAGCCUUUAUUAUGAAAGCUGCAGAAGAGGUGUUGCAUUUGAGGAGGGAGAGUGGAGUAUCACAGAGGAAAGAUCUGUUGGAGCUAAUGUUGCGUGCAGAAGUCACUGACAAAGACGGCAAACAUGUGAGUAAACUGAGUGAUGAUGAAGUUCUGGCACAGUCUUUUACAUUCAUCUUAGCUGGAUAUGAGACAACAAGCAAUGCUUUGGCAUACACAACAUACUGUCUAGCUUUGAACCCUGAAGUGCAGGAGAAACUCAUUGAGGAAAUUGACGAAGCUGUUGGAGACAAGGAAACUGCUGACUAUGAGACAGUCCAGAAUUUGGAGUAUUUGGACAUGGUGUUGUGUGAAGCAUUACGUCUGUAUCCACCUGCUUUCAGAUUUGGACGUAUUUGCAGUGAAAGCUGCACAUUAAAUGGUGUACACUUUCUUAAGGAUACAAUGGCAAUUGUUCCUGUUUACCAUCUUCACCGUGACCCAGAAUAUUGGCCAGAUCCAGAGACCUUUGAUCCUGAGAGGUUUUCCCCGGAAGCCAAACAGAAGCGCAGCCCAUACUGUUAUCUUCCGUUUGGCACAGGACCACGAUCCUGUAUUGGCAUGAGAUUUGCACUCAUAGAAGCUAAACUAGCGUUGGUUCAUCUACUGAAGAGGUUUACAUUUCAGCGUUCUGCAGAGACUGAGGUACCCCUUCAACUCAAGGCUGCUGUGACAAUGGCCCCAAAGAAUGGGAUUCAAGUCAAAAUCAUUUCAAGGAAAUAAGGAACUGAACAGUUAGCAGGCUUUCCAAAAUGACUCAAAACAUAUGGAUCCUAAAUUUAACAGACUAAAAUGAAAACAUGUUCAUUAGCUGAAUUAUUAUGAUCCAGUGAUAUAGCAAAAUUGAUUUAACUGUGUUUUGGUGGUAUUUUGGGCCAUUGUGCAAGGUAUUUGCACCAGUGAAGCCGGUCUUUCUUCAGGUAAAUCGAACUUAACAGAUGAAAACCAAGGUACUCUCCAUGGACAAAUUAACAUGAGUGAUGUCACAACCUGUUUUGCUUAUAAACAGGACCCUAAUAACAUUGAUGUAAAUAAAUGAUUUCUUUUUGAAAA